AGGGCAAGGCCUUCCACUCCUUCAAGAAGGUGUUGAGGGAGCUGCAGCAGGAGGACAGCUUGUACAAGGACGUCCAGCUGAUCAGCUUCCACUCCACCUCGAAGGGCAUCCUCGGGGAGUGCGGCCAGCGGGGCGGCUUCAUGGAGUAUGUGGGCUUUUCGGAGGCGGUGCUGACGGAGUUCACCAAGAUGGCGGCCACCUCGCUCUCCUCCAACACCCUGGGUCAGAUUUUCGUGGGGCUCAUGGUGAAGCCGCCCCAGCCGGGCGAUCCCUCCUACGAGCUGUACCAGAAGGAGACCUCCACAAUCUUCGAGGCUCUCAAGAGGCGCGCGCUGCACCUCACAGAGGCUUUGAACAAAGUGCCGGGCAUCAGCUGCCAAGCCAUCGAAGGAGCCAUGUACGCCUUUCCUUCCGUGCAGCUGCCCAAGAAGGCCAUCGAGGAGGCGGAGAAGGAGAACACGGAGCCGGAUGAGAUGUGGUGCCUUCAGCUCCUGGAGGAGACCGGCAUCGUGACGGUGCCAGGCAGCGGCUUCGAGCAGAGGGAGGGCACCUACCACUUCCGGACCACCAUCCUGCCGCCCGACGAGCUGCUCGAGGAGG